UGUUGGAUCAGGAAGUGGGCAGAGUCGAAGCAGGAAUCCCGAGCCGAGCUUAACGAAAACGUCCGUCUUUAUCAGCUCGAUCCGCCGUUUUACUGUUUUCACCUUUAACAUCCCGGUUACAUGCUGCGCGGCUUUCCGCCUGGUCGAGGUAGGCGCUUUCCUUCGGAUUUGAUCGUGUCGCAGCUCCCGCUAUGUCCUCUCUCACGCAGAGAACCUCGGGCCUCGUCCAGCGGAGGACCGAGGCCAUUCGCAGCGCCGCCGCCGACAAGGAGAGGGAGUCCGGCGGGGAGGAGGACGACACCCGCCGCGGGGAGGAGGAGGACGACGACAAGGGGGACUCGAAGGAAACAAGGCUCACACUGAUGGAGGAGGUGCUGCUGUUGGGCCUCAAGGACCGGGAGGGCUACACGUCUUUCUGGAACGACUGUAUUUCUUCCGGCCUUCGAGGGUGUAUGCUGGUAGAACUGGCCCUCAGAGGGAGGCUACACCUGGAGCCCUGCGGUGUGAGGAGGAAAGGCCUCCUCUCAAGAAAGGUGAUCUGCAAGUCGGAUGCCCCGACGGGAGAUGUGUUACUGGAUGAGGCCUUGAAGCACGUAAAAGAAACCCAGCCUCCAGAGACUGUGCAGAGCUGGAUAGAGCUGCUGAGCGGAGAGACCUGGAAUCCCCUGAAGCUGCACUAUCAGCUCAGAAACGUAAGAGAACGUCUGGCUAAAAACCUGGUAGAGAAAGGCGUCCUCACCACAGAGAAACAGAACUUCCUGCUCUUUGACAUGACCACACAUCCGCUCACCAACAGUACCAUUAAACAGCGUCUCAUCAAGAAAGUCCAGGACUCCGUCUUGGAGAAGUGGGUCAACGAUCCCAAUCGUAUGGACAAGCGGAUCCUGGCUCUGAUCCUUCUGGCUCACUCAUCCGACGUCCUCGAGAAUGCCUUCGCCCCGCUCCAAGAUGACCAGUACGACCUGGGCAUGAAGAGAGUCCACACUCUACUGGAGCUGGAGCCCGAGAAGGAGAGCACGAAGCCCAACGCUAACGAACUCAUGUGGGCUGUGGUGGCCGCGUUUACUAAAUGAAAACACCUGAUUUGGUUGGACUGAAAGAUCUGGCUACGGUCUGUGUUAUUUAAUCGGUUAAAGGACUUCACUUAAUGAGACAGACUUAAUGAGACAAUCUAUUUUUGGUUGGGGAGCCUGUUUGUACAUCUGUUCCGGAUGACAUAUUGUGGUGGUAGUCCAUAUUAACCCAGUGCAAUCUGAUCGGUGGUGGGCUUCACCAAGUAACGUUUGGUUGGUGAAAACGAUCUCUUAAUUCAAAAAAGAAAAAACCCUGCCACCGGCAUGGAUAUCCAUGUAAACAUUACGAACAGAUGAGCUUAUGUUAACGUCAAAUAAAGCUGGUGGCAGCAUCAGUCAUGGUGGAUAUGAAGAUCUUUGACUGGGGCCAAGUUUCCCUUCGACAACAAGGAACUAUCAUCUCUCCAUCACCACAAGAUCAGACCAGAGUCACAUGCUGGUCUCGAUACUGUCCCCACACGCUGGUGCAAGGAUAACAAAUCACACUUUGCACUCAGGCGGGUCUUCUGCUUUCAUGUUUCCAUUCCUGCUCGUCUUUGGACUACAAACAUGGUGUUACUGUUAGAUUAGACUACCUGAAUGUUCCUAGAUUACAUCUGCCUCCUCUCUUUCUUCCUCAUUUCGUUUUUGAGGCUGAAACAGAGAAGGCAAAUAACUUUUCGGCCCUUUUUUUAAAUCUCUUUCCCACAUGAAGAAUUGAACCUUUAUAGUCAUGUUUGUUUUCUGUUUCUGCAGAGGGUCCAUUCUGCAGUUUUUAAGAAUGAGACCAGUCUUCCAUUUGUAUUUAUGUUGCUUAUCUACGCUUGGACUAGACACCAUUUAUCAACUAUUUUGCACAGUCAAUAGCCCUGUAGGUAGGUUGUUGAUAGUAUUUAGCAGACAUGGAUUUAAAAAAAGAGAGGAUCUCACUUAUUUUGUCUACAGCUACUGAGCUUUAUGAUAUCUUAAAAUCAUUCCUCUGAAUAUAUAUUAAACAAAGCUUCUACUCAUAUUUUAUGGUUGAGUUUAUAUGUAAAAAUGCAGGGAAAGCAGCAGCAGUUAAAUCUGUUUUGAUAUAGAUUUGAUAAGCUGAGAAAUACUAGCCGGAUGGGCUAGAUUUAGUUAAUAAAAGCAUCAUGUUAACCCAAAUUAGAGCUUUCUUAACACUAGGGGUGUAUACAGUCGUCAGUCAGGUAAAUUCAGCUUUUAAAAUGUUUCUGAGAGAUGGAAUUUCCUUAAAAGAUGAUCGUCAGUGGUAAAAUUUAUAUAUCUCGCUGGAGUUUUUGUGACUAACCCACAAACUUUCCUAUAAACUUUUUAUUUUGUGAACGAAAACUGAAUGAAUUGCAGGUAAGUGAGAUGAUUUUUUUUUUGAUAAUUCGGGUGACCUCUUAACUUAAGUUUGCGAUAUUCGUCUGUUUGUAUGUCAUAUCAGAACAAGAUGUUACCACUGUUUGUUACGUUUUCUGUUUCACAGAUUAGUGGAGGUUUACUUGUGCCCCAAAGAUUGAAACUGUCGGACAACAUGCAAUCUAAUCGAUCUAAAAUCAUGAUUGUAAAUGUCUUUCUGGUCUGAUGAGUGCGAUCUAUGUAUGAAGUCACGUUACCUAUUGUUUUAUGGCAUACUUACAGUUCUGUCUCUCUUUUUCUGCCUACAAAAUACCAAUGGGAAUGAAGAAGCGUCGAGAUCCGUUUACAGCAGAGAAACCAUGCAUGCUAUUGGUGGAGGGCUGGGUACUUGUGGAUGUAGCUUCAAAGAAAAGGCUUGUAUGUAAUUAUUAGUCAUUUUAUGUGUACGAUCUAAAGGAAUUUUAAGAAAGGGAUCUUCUCUCCUAUCCUCUAUAAUUCUGUAUGCUUUUGUAUUACCACACAAAAUAAAGUAAGGAUCCUUUAAGUGCCUGAAUUUAGCACUGUUU